AGCAUUUUUUGCUACCGUUUUUACACCAGUUUUUAGUAUUACAAUAUUUCUUUGUAGAGUUCUAACAUUACGAGGAGUAUCUGAUAAGUGAUAAGUUAUAGCAUAAUUAAUAGGCAAUAAACUAAAAUCAAAGAGACAAAGAGAGUGGUGACAAAAAUAUUAUUAUAAUAUUAUUACUGCGACCAAUGACGGGUUAAGCUGAGUGCGGCGGAGAUCGUUUCGGAGUUACGCGAAACUCAAGUCUUUUUUUUCAAAAUUUUCAUGAAAAUUACUUUGAAGAUUAGUAACGGCUAUAGUGGAGAAUUCAAGUGACACGCCAAUAUACUCAAUAAAUGGCAACGUUGCACGAUUUUCAGUGUUUUCACCUGAUCUGAAUCGGGCGCAAAUGGGUUGCGCCGCAGCCUACAUGCUACAUUACUUAAGUGUUAAAUAUAUCAGUAAACAAAAUGGACGACUUACAAAUUUCAACGUAUGAAAAUGAUUUAAAGUCAGCUGUACAAUUCAAUGAAUCUGAACCAAUACAUUAUACAAAUAGCUUUCACUCUGUUAAACUACUUGAAGAAUUACAAUCCCUACGCAAUAACAAAGAGUUAUGCGAUAUUACAUUGAAAACAGAUAAUGGUACAGUACUUGUUGGACAUAAAAAUGUUCUAGCAGCAGCUAGUAAAUAUUUUCGUGAUAUGUUUAGUAGUGUUGAUGAGAACAUCUGUAUUGUUAUUAUAAAGGAUUUAGAUUCCUCUGCCUUACAAAUAUUAAUAGAUUAUAUUUAUACUGGAAAAAUAAAAAUCACCAAUGAAGAUGUAAAGGUUUUGUUACCAGCUGCAAAUAUCCUACAGUUAGACUAUGUAGGUAGUGCAUGUGUUAAGUAUUUACAAACACAUAUUGAUACUUCAAAUUGUCUUAGUAUCAAAGAAUUUGCUGACUUGCAUAAAUGUACGGAAUUGAUGUCAAGUUCUGAAGCAUUCAUUAAUAAACAUUUUUUAGAAAUAGUUAAAAGCGAUGAGUUCAUAUUGUUAACUUGUGAAAAAGUGAUUGAACUGAUAUCCUGUAAUGAUAUUGCUGUUCCAUCUGAAGAAAAAAUAUUUGAAUGUGUUAUAAAUUGGAUAAAACAUGAUUUGAAUACUAGAGAAAAAUAUUUGCCACAGUUAAUGGAACAUGUACGUUUUCCAUUAUUAGCAUCAAACCUCAUGAUAUUCAAAAAUAUAAUUGAAGAACCUCUUUUUAAAAAUUGUCCUAAAUAUAAUGAUAUAGUAUCUGAAGUAUUUAAUUUCUAUUUACUUAAAUCGGUUCAGUAUUUCACUAUUCCACAAACAAUUCGCUGUAAACCUAGACAGUUUGGUAGUUCAAAAAAAAUUAUUCUACUGUUCAAUCAUUGUAUUAAAUCAUUAGAGUGUAGUACAGAAUGGUUUGACCCAGAAACCAAUCUGCGUAAAACUGCAACAAAAAUGAAUAAAUGUUGUGUGAAACCUAGUGUUGGCGUAUUUAGAGAUCAAUUUGUUUUUGCUAUGGGAGGUAUGAAUAAAUUAUGUUCUCAAUCUGUUAGUAUGCUUGAUGUAUCUUCAUUAUUACCUUGUUGGGUACCGAUGGCCGAUAUGUUAGUUAAUCGAAAAAACCUAGGAGUUGGUGUAUUAAAUGAUUGUAUAUAUGCUAUUGGUGGUUUUGAUAAUGAUGAAAGUGCUUUAAGUAAUGUAGAAGUUUUUGAUGUCAGUAUUCAAAAAUGGAGAAUGGUAACUAGUAUGAAUACUAAAAGAAAUGAUUUUGGUGUUGGUGUACUCAAUGAUCGUUUAUAUGCGGUAGGAGGUUAUGAUGGCUCACAUUUUUUGAAGUCUGUCGAAUGUUAUGAUCCCACACUUGACACAUGGACACCGGUUGGAGAUUUGUCUAUAUGUCGCAAUGGUGUUAGUAUAGGAGUCUUGAACGGUUUUAUGUAUGCUAUCGGUGGUAGUAAUAGUGGUAAUGUUGAAGGUAGUGUUGGUUGUAAUGGCGAUGGUAGUGAUGGUGGUAAUGACGAUAAUAGUGAUGGAAGGAAUGUCAAUUUUGUUAGCAGAAAUUGUGAUGUAUUAUUGAAUGAAUCAUUAGAACUUGAUACUAGUUUCUCUGGUGACUUACUUAACAAAUGGAAACCUGUUGAAGGUAUAUCUGAACGUUGUGAAAAUGUUAGUAUAGGAGACUUAAAUGACGUUAUGAUUGCUGUCGGUAGUAGUGAAAGUGGUGAUGACGAUGGUAAUGAUGGAGGGAAUGAUGAUAAUAGUGACGGUCACAAUUAUGAUGGUGGUAGUAGUUAUCUUAGAAGUGCGGAGAUUUAUAGACCAAGUGAUGGAUUAUGGUCUUCUAUUGCUGAUAUGAAUUUAGGUCGAUACAAACCUGGAGUAGUCGCAUUAGAUGGUUUAUUGUAUGUUUUUGGAGGAGUUAAAGAAUCAAAUUAUUUUACGAUGGAAGUGUACGACCCUAAUACCAAUACUUGGUCCAUGAAAAAGUUGUCUAAAAAUGACAAAGACUUUCAAAUAUAUAGCGGAGUAGUGGUUAAUAUACCACCAAAUUUUACAACUCAAUAGCAUUUAUACUAAAACAUUUAGUUAGUUAUACAUGUGUUUAUAACACAUUAUUGUGAUUUUAUUCUAUAUAGUUCAACAUACCAUCAUAUAUCUUAAUAUUUAAUUAAUUUAAA